CCCAUCAUGCACUUCGCGUAACUUAGCAACAGACACGCACCAAAUUCGCGUGUCCAUCAUUUGCUGGUCACCGGGUAUUAAGGUUAACUGUUGUGCUACAGGUGUUGUACCGUGGCCAGACAUUUGCACAGCAGACGGAACGGGGCAACGUUUAUUCAGGAGUGUCCAUUAGAGGAGGCGGGUUCUUUACCGGAAGCGACUGUAUGUAUAUAAAUAGUGGGGCAGCUCUCGUCCUCAGCGUGUUCACGCUGCAGCGUCGCUGUUUAAAUCUCCUCGAAUAAACCGGAAUCAGCAAUUAGCUACUAGUGCCUGGCAAUGAGUAUGAGUCCUAAAAUAGUUGUAGUAGGAUGCGGAAUAUCGGGAAUAUGUGCAGCGCGCAAGCUCGUUCAGAGCGGAUUUACUGACGUGAAAAUACUUGAGGCGACGGCGAGAGGUGGAGGACGAAUAAAAACCGGCCGCUUCGGCAAUAGCAUCAUUGAAAUCGGGGCAAACUGGAUCCACGGACCGUCUGAAGAGAACCCAGUGUUUUGUCUGGCCAGACAAUAUGGUCUCCUGGAUCCAGAGGCCCUCAACCCAGAGAACCAGGCCAUGGACAUCAAAGGACAUCCCCCUUGGGUUCCCAAUGUCUUCACCAGUUCAGGUCGAAAGUUGAAUGCUGAGGAUGUUUAUCCUGCUCAAGACAUGUUUGUUGAGCUGCUGUCUGACAUCUCAGACUUACACACUCAAGGAGGAGAGCCAUGCCCCAGUGUGGGAGAGUUCAUUCGCUCAGAGGUGCCACAGCGAGUGGCAGAGAGAUGGAAGGAUGAUGAUGCUACCACAAGAUCUUUGCAAAUGAGUGCGAUCAGUAACCUGCUGAAGGCAGAGUGCUGUGUUAAUGGGACUCACAGCAUGGAUGAGGUGGGCCUGGCAUCCUAUGGUCUUUACAAGACUCUACCUGGACUGGACUGCACAUUCCCAGGUGGCUACGAAGGUCUAGUCAAAAACCUGAUGUCAGAGCUCCCAAGUGAUUUGGUCAUCUUCAAUAAGCCUGUGCGCUGUGUCCACUGGACCCAGUCAGAGCCAAGAGAAAAUGCUGUAAUAGUCGAGUGUGAUGACGGGGAGAGGUUCACUGCUGAUCACGUCAUCGUCACAGUACCUCUAGGUUACCUUAAAAAGCACCAAGCGACUCUCUUCCGCCCUCCUCUCCCUCUUCAUAAGAUGCACUCUGUACAGCGACUGGGUUUUGGAACCAACAAUAAAAUAUUUGUGGAGUUUGACUCGCCGUGGUGGGAUGCUGAAUGUGAUGCUAUCUAUCUCUUGUGGGAAGAUGAGGAUGUGUUGGAGCAGCAGCGGACAGAUGUUCAUAGUUCCUGGAUUAGGAAGCUGUUUGGCUUCACUGUUCUCAAACCUACUGAAAAAUACGGCCAUGUUCUCUGUGGCUGGAUUGCCGGCCAUGAGUCAGAGCACAUGGAGACUCUCUCUGAAGUGGAGGUCACACGUGCCAUCACGCAACUUGUUCAUCAGUUUACAGGGAACCCUACCAUCACUCCAAAGAGAACCCUCCACUCCCAGUGGUUUCAUGACCCCUGGACCUGUGGCUCUUACAGUUAUCCUGCAAUAGGAUGUUCAGCACAGGACCUGGAGAACAUGAUAGAGCCCUUGCCUACGAAGGGUUCGCAGUCACGGCCCCUACAGGUGUUGUUUGCUGGAGAGGCUACUCAUCCAUGCUACUAUUCCACUGUCCAUGGAGCCAUUCUCGCUGGGUGGAGAGAAGCUGAUCGGCUCAUCUCACACUACUCCAAGUCAAAACUUUAAAGAACAAUGAGAUUCAUAAGGUUUACUUCUAAAACAGUGGUUUAGAUCAGGUUUGUCACUCUAGAUGGAACAUGUGGCUUCUUAAAGUUUUCAACUGUGUUUUUUGGUAAUUUUUAAUUAAAAUUUAAAAACCAUUUAAAAAACUUUAAAUGGUUUGAUGUCAUUAGUCAGUGAAGUAAAACGUUUGACUUUUACAAAAAUAUAUAAAUACCUACUAAUACAAUUAAUAGAGUUGCACUAGUACAGGACCUGUUCCAAUUGUGUGACUAUCUUUUUAUAAUAUGGUAAAAAUAUGAUUAUGAAAGUUUAAAACAUACAUUAUGUUGAGGACUUUGCAUGUUUUCCUCGUGUUCGCGUGGGUUCUCUCCAGGUUGCGCUGCCUCCUCUCAUGGUCCAAAAACAUGCAUUAGGUUCAUUGGUCACUCUAACUGUGAGUGUGUGAUGGUUAUCUGUCUGUGUCUUGCCCUGCAAUGGACUGGCGACCUGUCCAGGAUGGAUGGAUGGAUGGAUGGAUGGAUGGAUGGAUGGAUGGACAUUAUGUCACACACUGACCUCCAACCUUUUUUUCAGUGUUUUGCUUAACAUUUCAAUUAUAAUAUGAAGUGCAUUGUAUCCCGUUAUCUAACCGUGAAUAUGCUGUGCUGAAUGUGACAUCAAUGUUUUAUGUGUAAAUUAAAAAAUAUAUAUUUUGUCA